AGUUCAAAAGUUGGUCUGUUUCUCUUCGUUACCUCCGCCCCCUUCCAACGCCUCUCUCUCUCCUUUCAAACUCCUCACCCCUUCUCUCUCCCAACUGAAACAAUGCAAUCCUCUUUCUCUCUCCUCGCCUUCUUCUACCCCAGAUCCCACGCCCGCUCUGCCGUCGCCGAUAACGGCUCUCUCGUGCCUCCAUCUCCUUAAUUUAUUUAUUUACCUAAGAUAUCUUAUACAGUUGGUUUCUCCAUCUACUUGAUUUAUUAUUUAUCUCGCUCUAUAAAUGGCGAAUGCAUCUGGGUAUUUUUCGCCUUCAAUCCCGAGCCUGAGAAAGAGGUAUUCUCCGUCUAUUGGGAUGUAUCGGUCUGGGUUUCCUUCUGCUGAAGGAAUCUCCAAAAGGGUAUUCUGCUCUAGCACAAUUCAAGGUGCUGAGGCUUCCCCUUCUAAAUAUCGGGUGCCGAGGCUUAUCAGCAAAGGCUGCAAACUAGUUGGAUGUGGAUCUGCAGUACCGAAUCUCAAGGUUUCCAAUGAUGAUCUUGCGAAAUUUGUGGAUACUUCAGAUGAGUGGAUUUCUGUUCGCACUGGAAUUCAUAAUCGACAUAUUCUAGCUGGCAACGAUACCUUGAUAGCUCUGGCUGUGGAGGCAGCCCAAAAAGCUCUUCAGAUGGCGGAGGUUGAUCCUGAUGAUGUGGACCUAGUCCUGUUGUGUACAUCAACUCCUGAGGAUCUUUUUGGUAGUGCUCCUCAGAUCCAAAAGGCGCUAGGCUGCAAAAGAAACCCAUUGGCUUAUGAUAUUACGGCUGCUUGUAGUGGGUUUUUGUUGGGUCUAGUUUCAGCUGCCUGUUAUAUUAGGGGAGGUGGCUUUAGUAAUGUUCUCGUGAUUGGGGCUGAUGCUCUUUCUCGUUAUGUUGAUUGGACUGACAGAGGGACCUGUAUUCUCUUUGGGGAUGCUGCUGGUGCAGUACUAGUACAAGCCUGCAACAGUGAAGAGGAUGGUUUAUUUGGAUUUGACAUGCAUAGCGAUGGCGGCGGCCAAAGGAACUUGAACGCCCCAAUUGUCGAAAAUGAAGUGGAUCAUGCUCUGGGUUCUAAUGGUUCAGUGUUAGGCUUCCCUCCUAGACGUUCCUCAUAUUCCUGCAUCCAGAUGAAAGGUAACGAGGUAUUUCGCUUUGCUGUUCGAUGUGUGCCGCAAUCAAUAGAAUCUGCCCUCCAAAAGGCUGGUCUCACGGUGUCUAGCAUUGAUUGGUUACUGCUCCAUCAGGCAAACCAGAGGAUCAUCGAUGCAGUUGCAACACGAUUAGAGGUCCCGCCAGAACGAGUCAUAUCUAAUUUGGCAAAUUAUGGUAACACAAGUGCAGCAUCCAUUCCAUUGGCAUUGGACGAAGCUGUACGAGGUGGGAAGGUAAAAUUAGGCGAUAUCAUUGCAGCUGCAGGUUUCGGUGCUGGUCUUACUUGGGGAUCCGCAAUUGUUAGAUGGGGAUGAAACCCUACCGUUCCUAGCAUCACUCACUUUGGAAGAAAAAAAUACCAUUGCAGCUGCAGGUUUCGGUGCUGGUCUUGCUUGGGGAUCCGCAAUUGUUAGAUGGGGACGAAACCCUACCUUUUCGGCACCACUUACUUCUGAAGAAAAAGUUGAGUCCCUUAUAAAAUUAUGCUGCAGUCGUCUACCAUUUCUGAAUGUCAUGUAGUUAUUUUCAAGGUUAUAAUACACAAUCUUCUCCGGCUUUUCUUUUGUAUUUCAGAUUGUCACUUGUAAACUUUUGAACCAUCAAUAAAGUUCAUUCUUUCUCCAA